AUGAAAAAGAAGAAAAAGAGCAUCUGGAACGAAGUAGUGCAGAAGGCCAACGGAGGCCUGGAGGGGAACGUCAAGCAGAUGUGGCAAGGGAUUAGUGGGAUGGGAAAAAGGGCAGGUCUAGCAGGACACUACAAGAGACUUGGAGUGCCUUCGGAGAAUGAAGCUUGUGACCAAGUGCUUAAGAAGGAGGUGGACGCAUGGGCCCAGGAAGAAAAAGAGGCAUCGAAGGCAGACGUUGGGAACGUGGAGCUUGAGAGGGAAUUCACUGCGGACGAGAUUGAGGCGCGUGUGAAUAAGCUGCAGUGCCACAAAGCAGCAGGGGCGGAUGGGAUAGUCAACGAGUUCAUGAAGUUUGGGGGGAAGGGGAUGAUCCAGAUGAUGGUACCGCUCUACAUAUGGGUGUGGAAAAACGAGCAUGCGCCACGUAGAUCGAAGGAAGGAGUGGUUGUGGACUUGUUUCAGAAAGGAGAUCAGGUUGACCGAGAAAACUACAGGGGGUACACACUGUUGAACACAGUAGGAAAAGUGUUCUGUAAGCUGCUGAACGAUAAGAUAGUGGGAGUAUUGGAGAAGGAGCAUCGAGUUAAUUUGGCUUGGCAUGACGGCCUUUACGAUCGACUUCUUAUCAUUAGUGACGGCCAGGGAGAAUCAUCCAUGGUAAAAAAAAGGCGGGAAAGCCGACGUACUGCUUCUUUCCUGGACGUGAAAAAGGCAUACGACACCGUAUGGAGAAAUGGGCUGUGGAAACAACUGUCCAAAUUGUCUGCCAACGAUAAGAAGAGUGCCGUCAUGGUAUGCAACGAGGACAGGGAGGAGUCAGUAGAGUAUAGAUGGAAGUGGGGGGUUAAGGAGAUUGCAGUAGUGGACCAGUACACAUACCUCGGAGUAGAGAUCGCAAAAGACUACUCGUGGAAUGCACACACGUCGAAGGUAGCGGAAAAGGGCAAAGCACGAGCAGGGAAGCUGCACCCUAUUCUCGCAAACCCGCACCUCAAUACACGCAUCAAAUUGACGGUUUUGAAGAGCGUAAUCGUACCGCCGCUAGAGUACGCCGGAGAAGUAUGGGAAGGAAAUAAGAAGGUAAAGAAAGAACUCGAGGGGGCGAAAAUGAAAGCAGCGAAAAUCAUCCUAGGAUGCUCCAAGGGCAAAAGUAAUGCAGCCGUCAGGGCAGGAAUCCAAUCCUUACCGUCGGGAAGAGACGCGAGGAAGCUGACCUGGCAGUAUCGCAUGUGCGGGAUGGGAGAGGAGAGGUUGCCGAGAAUUGUUUGGGAGGCGAACUGGGCAAACAACAAGAGGGGUAGACAACCCACGGAAUGGGUCAAGGUUGCAGAGGAUGCCUGGAAGGGGUUCGAAAUCGACGAAGAUGAAACGCUGGAAAAGGCAGGGUCAACAGGGAAUCUGAGGAAAGAAACCGAGGACAAGGAGUGUCUAGAAGUGUACGGAAUGCUGACGGUAGACAACGAAGACGACAAGUUCAGAUGUGAUUGCGGCUCCGAGCGCGCAGACGGGGCUCAUGAAUGCCAAUUGUGCGAAAAGAAGAGGGAAGUGUACGUGACUGAGCUGGGGAAAAUAGAAGGGAGGUACAGGGAAGUGUUUGAGGCAUGGAGUAGAGAGGAGAAGACGGCAGCCGUAAUGGGGAAUAGGAAGUGGUUUGAACGGCGAGAAGUGAUAUCGUUAGGAUAA